AAUUUAGGCCCAAUAUGUAGCCCAACAAGCUUUGAUUUUUCUCAUAAUUUGUGAGAGAAAAGAAAAGAAAAGAGAGAGUUAUAUAACUGAUGCGCCACGUCGGAUUUGAGCAAAAGCCAGUUUUCGACUUGGCGCUCUUGUACGCCUGAAAAUUCGCAGUCUUCCCUCGUCCCCAAUCCCUGGAGCCAAACACUGUUCCAUUCAACCGCCACGUCAUCAUAUCUUGAAUUUUAAUUUUCGUUUUUAUUAUUGUUCAAGCGAAUUAAUUUCAGAAUUAACCAUAAAAUAAUCGGGAAAAAUAUAUAAACCGACGACGGUCUGUGUCUCCUUCACCAGAACACAAGAUCCUUCUCCUCCUCUUUUGUUUUCCUUGGCCGUCGAUUUUAAGGUUUUAUCUUCUCCGUUGUGAAACCACUGAUAAGGGAAUUUACGAGGAGGAUUUGUUUUGUUUCUCCGGCGUUUUAGAGUUUCACGAUUUCUCCGUCGUUUGAUUUCUUAAUUCUAUCCUCUGAGGGAAACGAGAAUUUGGUUUUCGCUUUCGAAUUUAGGGUUAAAGAAGCGGUUUCGCAUUGGGUUCGUUGAGUCUUGAACCAAUUUGCGAGAGGAAUUGAAGCGUUUCGAGUUUUUUCUUUUUGUUUCCCGGAGGUCCGAAGUGCGAAUCUGUUUUGUUUGAUGAAAUUAGGGUUUUGGAAUCGGAAUUUGGAUGGUCGUUUAUGUUGAUUAGUCGACGAUUGCUGAGUUAGGACAUGAUUUUGAAACGUACCUUGACAUUCGAGAAUCAGAAUCUGAAGCGGUGCAAAAUUGAUUCAGAAAUUGAGUAUGGGAGCAAAAAGGGUGAGAUUAUGGUGUAUAAGAAGAGACAAAGAGCAACCGUGGAUCAACCAUGUAGUAGAGAACCCGAACUUCUUACAAGUAGCUCAAGCUCCUUGACCAGCAAAGAUUCCCAACCGUGCUCCGACCAGUCCAAGUCUUCGCGUGGCAGAGUUCGAGCGGUUCCUUCAAGGUUCAAGGACUCCAUUGUUGGUUCAUGGAAAUCUGGCCGUCGCAAGGAAGAGUCGACGGAGUCUAGUCAUGAUGACGACGUAACUCUGGGGAAGAAGGUCAAAGGUUUCAGUGGAAGCUCGAAAUUGAAUCGCAGCAAAGACUCGAAGCUGUUUCCACGUAAGGAUAACGGAGACAGCAGCGAAGUAGAUUGCGAUUACUGGGAUGUUAAAAUUUCCAUUUUGUCUUCCUCCGACGAUGCUAACUUUGGUAUACCGAAAAAGCCCCACGCAACGCGUAAGGGCGUCUACAAACCAGAGGAAUUUACAGUCGGCGAUCUUGUCUGGGCCAAGUGUGGGAAAAGAUUCCCUGCAUGGCCGGCUGUGGUGAUCGAUCCGAUAUCGCAAGCGCCUGAUGGAGUCUUGAAACAUUGCGUCCCAGGCGCAAUAUGUGUCAUGUUUUUUGGGUACUCCAAGGAUGGAACUCAGAGGGACUAUGCAUGGGUCAGACAAGGAAUGAUGUAUCCAUUUACGGAAUUUAUGGAUAAAUUUCAGGAUCAGACAAACUUGUACAAUUACAAGCCAAGUGAAUUUAAGAAGGCACUAGAGGAAGCAGUUUUAGCAGAAAAUGGGGUCGAGGGUGAUUUUGGAGAUGUUGAAAUUAGCUGCCCAGAUUCCUCUGCGACGGAAUCCGACCAGGAGUAUGGACCUGCUUCUAGAAUUCAGGGUUUAUGUCAUGAGGACGUAAGGACCUGCGACGGUUGUGGCUCAGUAAUGCCAUUAAAAUCUCUAAAAAGGACUAAAGGCUCACAACCGGAAGAGCUUUUAUGCAAACACUGUUCAAAGUUGCGGAAAUUCAAUCAGUAUUGUGGCAUCUGCAAGAGAAUAUGGCACCCUUCAGAUGAUGGAGAUUGGGUAUGUUGUGAUGGGUGUAACGUAUGGGUACAUGCUGGAUGCGACAACAUUACGAAUGAGCGCUUUAAGGAACUGGAGCACAACAAUUACUAUUGCCCUGAUUGUAAAGUCCAACAUGAGCUUUCACCAACAAUAUUAGAAGAACAGAAAUCAGUGUUCAAGUCUACAGAAAAGACGACAGAGACUGAGCUGCCUGAUGCGGUUACUGUAGUCUGUAAUGGCAUGGAAGGGACAUAUAUCAGAAAAUUUCAUGCAAUUGAGUGCAAGUGUGGUUCAUGUGGGUCAAGGAAGCAGUCACCAAGUGAAUGGGAACGCCAUACAGGCUGCAGAGCCAAAAAGUGGAAGUAUAGUGUAAGAGUGAAAGACACAAUGCUACCUCUAGAAAAAUGGAUUGCAGAAUUUAGUACCUAUACUCUAGAAACCCAGAUGUUGGAUAAGCAAAAGAUGCUCUCUAUGCUGGAAGAAAAGUAUGAGCCAGUCAGGGCUAAGUGGACGACUGAAAGGUGUGCUGUAUGCAGAUGGGUAGAAGACUGGGAAGAAAAUAAAAUGAUCAUCUGUAACAGAUGUCAAGUGGCUGUGCACCAAGAAUGCUAUGGGGUAAGCAAAUCUCAGGACCUCACUUCCUGGGUGUGCAGAGCAUGUGAAACACCAGACAUUGAAAGAGAGUGUUGUCUUUGUCCCGUAAAAGGCGGUGCUUUAAAACCAAGCGACGUCGAGGGUUUGUGGGUUCAUGUAACAUGUGCUUGGUUCAGACCGGAAGUUGGGUUUUUGAAUCAUGAAAAUAUGGAGCCCGCUGUCGGACUUUUCAAAAUUCCAGUAAAUUCAUUUCUUAAGGUUUGCACAAUUUGUAAGCAGACACAUGGUUCCUGCGUGCAUUGCUGCAAGUGUGCCACUCACUUCCACGCAAUGUGUGCAUCACGGGCAGGUUACAACAUGGAGUUGCACUGCCUGGAGAAAAAUGGUGUGCAGAGAACCAGGAAGUCAGUUUACUGUUCAUUUCACAGGAAGCCAGAUCCAGAUAGUGUUGUAGUUGUGCACACACCCUCAGGCGUAUUUGGCUCUAGAAAUUUGCUUCAGAAUCAAUAUGGGCGCACCAAAGGUUCAAGACUCGUUUUGACCAAGAAGAUGAAGCUUCCAGGUUUUGAAACCCAAACCCAAGCCGAACAGAGUCGUGUAUUUGAUUCUCUUUCUGCAGCAAGAUGCCGUAUCUAUAGUAGAUCAAACACAAAGAAGAUUGAUCUGGAGGCUAUAUCCCACAGGCUUAAGGGACCAAGCCAUCAUUCUUUGGGUGAAAUCGAGAAUCGAAACUCUUUUAAGGAAGCAGAUUUUACCUCAUUCAGAGAACGGCUAAAACAUUUGCAGAGGACGGAAAAUUUUCGAGUCUGCUUUGGUAAAUCUGGCAUACAUGGAUGGGGUUUGUUUGCAAGGAAUAGCAUUCAAGAAGGAGAAAUGAUCAUCGAGUAUCGUGGGGUGAAAGUUAGGAGAAGUGUUGCAGAUCUAAGAGAGGCAAACUAUCGUUCUCAAGGCAAAGAUUGUUACCUAUUCAAGAUAAGCGAAGAGAUAGUAAUUGAUGCCACAGACUCUGGAAACAUAGCACGAUUGAUCAAUCAUUCAUGUAUGCCCAAUUGCUAUGCUCGUAUAGUGAGUAUGGGUGAUGGAGAAGACAACAGAAUCGUCCUCAUUGCAAAAACCAAUGUCUCAGCUGGGGAAGAGCUUACGUAUGAUUAUCUCUUUGAGGUUGAUGAAUCUGAAGAAAUCAAAGUGCCCUGCCUUUGUAAAGCUCCAAACUGCCGCAAAUUCAUGAACUAGAGCUCUCUCAAGUCUAAACCAUUCUUGCAAACGUUCAAUCUUGCUUUGGUAAUUUGAACAGUAAUGGCGGUGGGAAGUUAACCGGUUUUUUUCCUCGGCGGCUAGUUCACGGGAAAUCCCGUGGCAUCAUGCUGACUUCUUUCCGAUUGAUUCAUUAAAAUGUACAUCCGCUGGAUACUUUUCCGGCGUAGCAAUUUUGUAAAUGUCUAGAAUUCAUCCACUCCAAGAAAAUAACUUCACAGCCAACAAACUAAUGUUCCAAAAUGUUGAAGUGUUAAUAUAGCUUUUAAUAUUUUCCAUAA